AUGAUCACUAGAUCAGUUAUAAGAUCUUCUAUAGGGUCGGUUAAUAGAGUUAGUAAUAAGCAAUUUACUAUAUCUACCAGAUAUUUACAAAAAUUGAAAAAUGAAAAAAAUGAACAACCAGAAAAACCUAAAAAAAGACCAUUAUCAAGAGUUGCAAUUGGUGGUACCUCUUCAGAUUCAAAAUAUGCUUCAAAAUCUCAAGGUUUAGAAUUUGCUACUUGGAAAGCUAUUACUUUAUUAAUCAUUGGUGGUGGUUUAGGUACUUAUUUCUUUCAAAAAGAAAAGGAAAAGAUUCAAAAAUAUAAAGAAAUGGAAGCUAAUAAACCUGUUGGUAAACCUUUAGUUGGUGGACCAUUUCACUUGGUAGAUACCAAUGGUAAUGAUUUUACAGAACAAAAUCUUAAAGAUCCGCAAGGUAAACGUUUUUCAAUUUUAUAUUUUGGUUUUACUCAUUGUCCAGAUGUUUGUCCUGAAGAAUUGGAUAAAUUAGGAGAUAUGGUUAAUCACUUAAAUGAACAUGGUGUUGAUUUACAGCCAAUUUUCAUAACUUGUGAUCCGGCAAGAGAUUCAAAAGAAGCUAUUGAUUUAUAUUUAAAAGAUUUUCAUCCAAAAAUUAUUGGUUUAACUGGUACUUAUGAUGAAGUUAAAAAUACUUGUAAAAAAUAUAGAGUUUAUUUUUCAACUCCACCAAAUGUUAAAUCUGGUCAAGAUUAUUUAGUUGAUCAUUCUAUAUUUUUUUAUGUGAUUGAUCCUGAGGGUAAUUUUACAAAUGUUAUAGGUAGGGAAAGUUCUGCAAUUGAAGGUGCAGAAAAGAUUAUAAAAGAUCUGGAAAAUUUUAUACCUGAGUCUCAAAGAAUUGAAAAGAAACAAGGUAUAUUUGGAUUUUUAUAUAAAUAA